AUGUUCUGCAAAGCCUCCCUCGUCACCGUCGCCCUCGCCCUUAUGGCUGUCGCGAGUCCUCUCCAGGACACCGGCAUCGCCGUCCCCUUCGCGAAGCGUUCCUCCCUUACGAACGCUGACGGCACCUUCAACCACGAGAAGGCCAUCCUGUCGACCAUCCAGACCAAGAACAAGCACCGCGCGAACCUGAUCAACUUGGAGAAGAACGUCGGACGUCACGUCUUCAAGGAGGGCGCCGAGAUCAAGCCCCUCGCGGUCGUCCCGGCGAGCCUCUCCAAGCGUCAGAAGGAGGCGCUCACGGAUGAGGACGAGGACACCGAGUGGGCCGGCACGAUCUCCAUCGGCACCCCCGCUCAGAAGUUCUUGAUCGACUUCGACACCGGCUCCUCCGACCUGUGGAUCCCCUCGUCUUCUUGCAAGAGCUCGACUUGCUCCUCGAAGAAGAAGUACACCGCGUCUUCUUCGUCGACCGGCACGAAGAAGAGCGGCUCCUUCUCCAUCGAGUACGGCGAUGGCUCGACUGUUUCCGGCCCCGUUUACACCGACUCUGUCACUGUCGCUGGUGUGACGGUUACGAAGCAGUACUUCUCGCCCGUGACCACCCUCUCGAGCUCCUUCGCCGACGACCCUAUCGAUGGCCUCCUGGGUCUCGCGUACCCCGCCAUCUCCAACCUCAACCAGAACCCCUUCUUCAACACCGCCAUGUCGCAGGACUCGGUCUCGAAGGGCUCCUUCGGUUUCAAGCUCGCCUCCACCGGCUCUGAGCUUUACCUCGGCGGCGCGAACAGCAAGCUCUACACGGGUUCGAUCGAGCCCCACUCCGUCGACACCUCGACCGGCUUCUGGCAGAUCACCGGCGCGAAGGCGUUCGUCGGCUCGACGACCGCCAACUCCGGCUUCGAGACCAUCAUCGACAGCGGCACCACGAUCAUGUACGGCCCUCCCGCCGCCAUCAAGACCUUCUACAGCAAGGUCAGCGGCUCCGCCGUGUUCGACUCCGAGAACGGCUACUACUCGUUCCCGUGCAAGUCGGCGCCCUCCGUCUCCUUCAGCUGGGGCGGGAAGAAGUGGGCCAUCACGGCCGACAACUUCAGCCUGGGUGAGACCACCACGGGCUCGGGCAAGUGUGUCGGCGCGCUCGCAGGCCAGGACAUCGGCCUCGGGAGCAACGUAUGGCUGCUCGGCGACAGCUUCAUGAAGAACGUCUACACCGUGUUCUCCUUCGACGACGACACCGUCGGUUUCGCCACCCUCGCUUGAUUGGUUUGCUGCAUUUCUUGUGUAUCAUGUAUUUACAAGACUGGACGAUACCCCGUCCCCCGCCAUAGACCGCAAGCAUGUGUCGUGUAGUUCUAAAUGCAAUCACCAUCAUGAUAUGUUU